AUGAGUUUAAUUGAUAUAAGAGAAAAUCUAUCGUUGUUUGAUGAUGCAUUUUCUAUACAUCGACAAAUACCUGAAUUUCAAAUAGAUUCAACAACAGCAAAACAACUCAUCGAGAGAAUUAAUAAUGCAAAACAUCCAUUGAUUCUUGUUGCAUAUAUUGAUGAUCGGCCUGUUGGCUAUUUAAUGGGCCAUGAACGUUAUUCAUCUUUUUAUAUAUGGCUUGUCGGUGUUCAUCCUAAACAUCGUCGACAAGGAAUACUCGUUCAACUAAUGAAUCGAUUAGAGCAAUGGGCUAUGAAAGAAAACUAUAGUUCACUGCUGGUCAAAACACGUAAUUCAUUUAAAUCAAUGCUUCUCUUUUUGAUUUCGCAUGAGUUUAAAUUAAUCGAUAUGGAUAAACGACAAUCUGUGGGCACUCAUCGUCUUAUUCUGGAGAAAAAAUUAAUUAUUCCACAACAGUCAUCUUCUAUUUGA